AUGUACAAUCACAAUUUUGAAAUGGGCAACUUAGUCUUCAUAAGGAACAGCAGGCAGGAUGGCCCCCUCCAUGAUAAGAUGAAGAAUCAAUAUAUGGGACCAUAUAUUGUUGUCAAGCAGAGAUCUGGAGGCGCUUAUAUAGUGGCUGAACUCAACAGUUUGAUAUUCGGGCAUACAAUUGCCAAGUUCAGGGUUAUACCCUACCUGGCCUGA